CGCUCCCGACGGUGGAGUGAAGUGCACUGAUGGAGCGCGAGCGGCUUUAUUAUAAUACACUGGGCGCGCGCACUCACUUUAAUUUCAUAGGGUGAAGUUGACGUAACCGCAGGUCCAAAGAAGUCUAUAGAACGAGAGAACGCAACAUUAACCAGCCUUCAUUCUUUUUCGAGAGGAUCAGUGAGGAUUAGGAUGGUCAUCAGAGUGUAUAUCGCCUCCUCGUCCGGGUCUGUCGCGGUGAAAAAACACCAGCAAGCCAUCGUGGGAUUUUUGGAGGCCAACCGGAUCAGCUUUGAGGAGGUUGACAUCACUAUGCUGGAGGAUCAGAGGUUCUGGAUGUACCGGAACAUUCCUGAGGAGAAACGACCUGAAAAGGGCAAUCCUCUCCCCCCUCAGAUCUUCAAUGGAGACGACUACUGUGGCGAUUACGAAGAUUUCUUCCAGUCUAAAGAGACGAACACAGUGUUCUCAUUCCUCCGUGUGCCCUCUGUAAAGGACUCUGAAUCCUGAACCAUGUCAUUGACAUUUCCAUAGACUGAAACACUGUGGUUUUGCCUCUUUCUCCUGUGAUGUAACUCUUGUAAGCCCUCACUGCCAGCAAUGCAUUCUGCCAAAACACUUGCUGCCCUCCGGCCCAGCUAUUCCUAAGAAACUUCUGUCUGUUCAAACACAUACACAGGGUGGUUACAAAUGUUUUCUAUGGCCUAAUUAAUUAUUUAUAUGUUAUGUUUGGUUUUGUUUGUUGUACG